AUGACACGCGCGUCGCCCAGCAACCCUCUCGUGCUGCCUUCUCUUCCAGCAUUUGCCAUCUCACAGGGUGAGGGCGAGCCGGUUCUGGCCGCGCUCGCGGCUGUCUUCCCUCUCAUGCCCGAGUCAGGAACGCAUCCGACUCCCGCUUAUGUGACAGGAGACAGUUCAUGCGCGCGAAGGGAGUGCUUUUGCCUGAGUCACACCAACGCUUGGCUUUCAACUCACGCCGCCGCCGCUCUCCUCCACGCGUUCGAGGGUUUGCCACGCACAGACAAGCCCUCGCCUCGCAUUAUCAAGUGCAACGCUGGACGGCUGCCUGGCCAACGCACCCUGUGCUCCUAG